AAUGGGUUUACAAAAUAAAAACCAAGUCUGAUGGUUCUAUUGAGCGAUACAAAGCCCGUCUUGUUGCUAAAGGCUUUACUCAGGAGUAUGGCAUUGAUUAUGAAGAGACAUUUGCUCCAGUUGCUCGUCUUACUUCAGUACGCAGUCUGUUAGCUAUUGCUGCUGCUAGAGGUUGGACAUUGUCACAGAUGGAUGUGAAGAAUGCCUUCCUCAAUGGUGAUCUUGCUGAAGAAGUCUAUAUGAAACCUCCUCCUGGCUAUUCACAUCCCCCUAAUACAGUCUGUCGCCUUCGUCGUGCCUUAUAUGGCCUCAAACAAGCUCCACGCGCAUGGUUUGCCAAGUUUAGCUCUACUAUUCAACAACGUGGUUUUCAAUCCAGUUCUUAUGACUCAGCAUUCUUUGUUCGUCGGACAACCUUAGGCUGUGUUUUUCUACUAAUUUAUGUCGAUGACAUGAUUAUUACAGGAGAUGAUUAUUCUGGUAUCACUGAUCUUAAGGAAUAUCUUCAACAACAAUUUGAGAUGAAGGAUCUUGGUUCUCUAAGUUACUUUCUUGGCCUUGAAGUACUCUCAGACACUACCGGGUACUAUUUAUCUCAGGCUAAGUAUGCUUCUGAUUUACUUGCUCGAGCAGGUCUCACAGAUAGUAAGAUUACUUCUACUCCACUGGAACCUAAUAUCAAGCUUAAACCUUCUGAUGGUACUCCUCUCAGUGAUAUCACCCUCUAUCGACAAUUGGUUGGUAGUCUCGUAUAUCUUACUGUCACCCGCCCUGAUAUAGCCUAUGCUGUACAUGUUGUUAGUCAAUUCAUGUCAGCUCCUCGCUCUUCCCACUAUGAAGCAGUCAUUCAUAUAUUGCGUUAUAUCAAAGCAACUCUUUAUUAUGGCCUUCAUUUUUCUGCUGCUUCCUCACUUGAGUUGCGCGCCUACUCUGACUCCGAUUGGGCUGGUGAUCCCACUGAUAGACGAUCAACCACUGGCUUUUGCAUCUUGUUAGGGGAUUCUCUCAUUUCUUGGCGAAGCAAGAAGCAGACUUCAGUUGCUCGUUCGAGCACGGUGGCUGAAUAUCGUGCACUUGCUACUACCACUCAAGAAAUUGUUUGGCUUCGUUGGCUUCUUGGAGAUAUGGGAGUUCAAUCUCCCAGUCCUACACCUCUAUUUUGUGAUAAUAGAAGUGCAAUCCACAUUGCUCACAAUGAUGUUUACCAUGAGCGUACCAAACACAUAGAGAUUGAUUGCCAUUUUACUCGUCAGCAUGUCACACAGGGAACUAUUCAACUCUGCUCAAUAUCUACCCUUGUCCAACCUGCUGAUCUCUUCACCAAGCCACUCCUGCCAGGUCGUUUCAGAGACUUAGUUUCCAAACUCAAGCUUACUUCUACUGCACCAACUUGAGUUUGAGGGGGGAUGUCAAAGAUAUCAG